AUGUCCAUCGAGGAUUUCCGGUGGUUGAGUGACAGCUUGCGGGACCUCUUGCAGCAGGAUCCGUUGCGCCGAGGCAAUCCCCCAUCUGUUGAAGCCCAGGUGGCUGUUGGGUUGUAUCGACUGGGGCAUGGUUCUAGUUAUGUGACAAUUGGGCAUGUCUUCAGUAUUGGCAAGGAGACGGCCGACAAGGCGGCCGGCCGAUUUGUUAACGCGGUGCUGGCGAGGUUCCGGCGGGUAGCCAUCUGCUAUCCCCCUUUGGCACGCGGAGAUCAGUGGGACGAAAUCAGUGCUUCCUUUGAGGCUAAGCAUGGAAACCCUUAUAUUGUAGGGGCUAUAGAUGGCACGCACAUCCCUUUGGCCACCCCAGCGGAUGACCGAUGGAAGGGUUACAUUAAUCGAAAAAGUUGGGCCUCGAUUGUCUUCCAAUGCGUGGUCGACGGCGAUGGUAAUUUCUGCAAUGUGAGUGGGGGAGCACCCGGCUCCAUGCACGACGGGCGCCUAUUCUGGCGGUCCGAGCUGGGGCAUAGCAUCACAAAUGGGACGGCGGCCGAGCCAAUGAUCCCCCAUGGGACCUACCUCAUUGGUGAUGCCGGAUAUCCUUCAAAUGUGCGAGUUCUCAUACCAUACCCGUCAACUGCUACCGCCAAAAACGAGGAAUUCAAUUUCAGUCCACUCGGAUCAUAG